AUGCCCAUUCCACUUCCGGCCACCACAGCGGACGGUCACGGAAUGUUGUGCUCCGUAGGGGCGGUUCAUGCGGCCCAGCCGGGCCGUGGUAUCAGGCUUACGGAAACGUCUUCACAGGAUUACCAGCUUGUUUUGCCGCAUCUGCCAUCAGGUAUGACUGUGUGUAAUACCGUGUUUUUGCACGGUGAUUUGAAGGCCACGCCCUAUCGAGUCGAACAUUUUCGCGAUGCGCUUGACCGUCAUAAGCUGUUGCCAGAGGUGGUGGCCCUCGGGGCCUACCAGAUGAACCAUGUCUGGGCUAUAACAUUCAAGGACGAAGUCGGAAAAAAGAAGCUGCUGUCAGCGAAGGCCUUUAGUGUCAAAGAACACCGCUGCGUCGCCAUUGACCCUGGCAACCAGGAUAUUAGAAUGAAGCUGUUCUGGCUGCUUCACACGACUCCCGACGAGGACGUCAGAGCAGCCUUUGCGCCGUUCGGAACGGUGACCGAAAUUUCCAGGGAGCGGUGGCGAGUACCAGGGUGCGGCGACAAAGGUUCUCACACGCGUCUGGUAUCGUUACGGCUGAAGGCUGGUAUGACCAUGGAAGACAUCCCGCAUCAGCUACGAGUAUCAGAGGACCAUGCGCUCGUGAUUGUUCCAGGCAGAGCUCCGCUCUGCCUCCGAUGCCGCGGCACCGGCCAUAUACGGCGCGAGUGCCGUGUGCCACGCUGUGGACUCUGUCGUCGUUUCGGCCACGACGAGACCCAGUGCGUGAAAAGCUACGCUAACGUGACCGGGUCUGGCCGGAGCGACGCGUUAGACGAGCACUUGAUGGAUCAAGCGGACGCAGAAGAGACUGCUGGAGCGGGCGGAGACCCACGAGGCACGGAAGAGAAGCCAGGGUCAUGGCAAGCGUCAAAAAAUUCUACGGUGCGUGAAAGUGAGGGGGACGCGGAGGCUGCCGAGGGCGUUCUGCGACAGGGCAACUCUGGCGCUGCCUUCAUCGAAGAAUCCGGCGAGAAAAUAGACCAGGCCAGCGCCGUCUCAAAGAGACCUCGCGAAAUACCCGAUCAAGAUGUCAGGCUUGAGCAAGACGACGGUGACAGCAGCGAAGGGCCACCCACGAAGGGUUCCUCUUUCCGGCGGUCUACACUCAAGCCCAAGCCGAACGUUCCGCUCGAGAGGAGGCCGACGCGAGAACAUCCACCUGAGGGGCGCCAGACGCCGACCAAUCCGCCAGGUUGUCGGCAGACGCCGACCGUCCCACCAGACGGGCGACAGACGCCGACUGUCCCACCAGAUAAGCGGACAACGCCGACAGUUCCCCCGCGGUAG